UGUUCUCGCGCCUCGCCUCUCUCCUCCGUCUGUGCUUGGCUGCUUCGCCUCCCUCCGCCAGUAAGUGCUCCAGCUGUGCGUGUUUGUUGCUGCUCGUCGUCCGUGGUUGUCUCUGCUCGUCUCAGUCGCACUGCCGGCGUCUCGUCGUUCGUCUUUCUCGUCGCCGGCGUGUCUCGCCCUUUCCUGGGCGCCUCGUCGCCGGCAGCAGAAGCAACUCGUGGGGCUGUCGCUUCUUUCGUCGCCUUCCGUGGGGUCGUCGCCGUGGACCGGGACCGUUGUUGAAGAGAAAAAUGCUGGCAUUCUUAUCCACCGCGAAGGCACUCCGCUCCUUAGCGUCAUGCAGAAGCGGCGUCGCUCAAUUGAUUAGGAGGAGCAGCAGCCACAAAUUCGAAGGCUGCCGGUGUCUUACCUCCAUCGCUGGCGGCGCCACCAGUCAGAUUCAGUCCCUUGGAUGCCACGUUGGCGGUUCCCCGUUUACGGGAGCGUUGAGUAACAUCAAUGCUGCUCUCCAAACGAGACACUUCCUUGGCUGUGGAGAUGGUGAAGAAGGUGUUCUCUCCAAAAUUUACGAGGAGAAGCGCGUUUUGGGGUAUUCGCCAGAGCAAUUAUUUGAUGUUGUUGCAGCUGUUGAAUUCUACCAUGGGUUCGUUCCCUGGUGUCAAAGGUCGGAGAUACUUAGGCACUAUCCAGAUGGAUCAUUUGAUGCUGAGUUGGAGAUUGGAUUUAAAUUUCUUGUUGAAAGUUAUGUUUCUCACGUUGAAUUGGAGAGACCAAAACGUAUAAAGACAACCGUUUCACAGAGUACCCUGUUUGAUCAUUUGAUAAACAUAUGGGAAUUCAAUCCAGGCCCAGUUCCAGGGACGUGCAAUCUUUAUUUUUUGGUGGAUUUCAAGUUUCAGUCACCACUUUACAGACAGAUUGCAUCUAUGUUCUUCAAGGAGGUAGCCUCUAGGAUGGUUGGUUCAUUUACGGAGCGUUGCCGUUUGAUAUAUGGACCAGAGGUGCGGGUCCAUGAAAGGUCAUAUGGAGAAAGGGCAUAAUUUAAUUGGUUUAGACAUCAGUUUCUUGUCUCGAACAGUGCUAAGGUUCAACAUUAAUUGGGAAGGUUUUUGAUUGUGUGCCGCCCAAUGCCAAUGAGUACGAUUGAUCAUUUCUCUUUCUAAUCCCUGGUGAUAUUUGUAAUUUGUGUAGAUGAAUUCUACAAUACACUCUGUACAGUCUUAAAAGUGACCUGAAUUUAACAUGAAUCUUUUUUCCUUGAAAAAAAUGUGACCUGGAAUGGAAAAAAGCUAUCGCAGAUCCCUUCUUGGUUUAUGUAAAAUGGACAUUUAUUUCUUCCCAAUACAAUACACACACAAGUUAUCGGAUUA